AUGACAUAUUUAAAAAAUAAUAAUGCAAUUCUAAAUUUUAUCUCAUUUAUUGUUGCAUACAGAAGAGGUUAUAGUGCUGAAAUUAAAGCUAGAAUGAAUAUGUUACAUGAUGGUGUGGUUGGCCAGAGUUGGGAAUAA